AUGGUUAAAGAAACGAAAUUAUACGAUUUAUUAGGCGUCUCUCCUAGUGCGUCAGAUGCUGAAUUGAAGAAAGGAUAUAGAAAAGCUGCCUUAAAAUACCAUCCCGAUAAACCAACUGGUGAUACCGAAAAGUUUAAAGAAAUUUCAGAAGCUUAUGAAAUUUUAAAUGAUAAACAAAAGAGAGAAAUAUAUGAUACUUAUGGUUUGGAGGCUGCAAGGAAUGGUGGUCCAGCCUUUGGUGGUAUGGGCGGUGCCGGCGGUGCUGGAGGUGCCGGAGGUCGCGGUGGUUUUAGUAGUGGUGGUGCCCAUGCCUUUUCUGAUCAAGAUGCCUUUAAUAUUUUCUCGCAAUUCUUUGGAGGUGGGUCUCCCUUCGGUUUCGCUGGUGGUGAUGAUGGUGGAUUUGGUGGUGCAAGUGGGUUUAGUUCCAGUGGAUUUGGAGGACAAAAACAAAGUAGAUUUGGCGGACAUCAACAGAGUGGCUUUAGCGGCGGGUUUCCUGGUGGUGAUUUCCAUUCUGCCGGUGGUAUGCCUGGCGGGUUUAGCGCCAAUUCUGGUAGAAGUGCUUCUCCAAAGCCGGAAGAAAAGGUUGUUCAAGUCAAUUUACCGGUUAGUUUAGAAGAUUUAUAUCAAGGUAAUAAGAAAUCAUUCAAGAUCACCAGAAAGGGCCCUAACGGCACUUCAGAAAAAAAACAAAUUGAUAUCCAAAUGGCACGUGGUUGGAAGGCUGGUACCAAGAUCACUUAUAAGAAUGAAGGUGACUAUAACCCACAGACAGGAGGAAGACAAACAAUGCAAUUUGUUAUUCAAGAAAAACCACACCAAUAUUUUAAAAGGGAAGGUGAUGAUCUAAUUUACACCAUGCCUUUAUCAUUUAAGGAGUCUUUAUUAGGAUUCACUAAGAGUGUUCCGACUAUUGACGGUAGAACGCUUCCAGUGACUAAAGUUCAACCUGUCCAGCCAACUGAAGUUAGUAGGUAUCCAGGCCAAGGUAUGCCAUUGCAAAAGACACCAACACAAAGAGGUGAUUUGGUGGUGAAGUAUAAGAUCGAUUACCCAAUAUCUUUAACUCCACAGCAAAAAACUGCAAUUUCUGAAAAUUUCUAG